UGCCACCUUGUACAAUCCCCAUCGCUCAAAGUUCGUUCAAUCUACCUCAACAUCAACAACCACAUGCGAAAUUGAGGCAGCAGUAAUGGCGACCAUAUUGUCAAAAUCUGCCAGGAAAAUACUAGCCGGAACAUCUCGAGAUAAGAUUCUAUCUGUUGUUGCUGUUCCUGUGCUUAAAAGACAUCUUGUUAAACUGCAAAGCACAAUGACUGCUGCCCAGUUUGAAACUCUCAAGUUGACACAACCAGCAGACCAUGUUUUGAAUGUGCAGCUUAACAGGCCAAAGAAAUUAAAUGCAAUGAACAAACAGUUUUUCAAGGAUAUGACGGCGUGCUUCAACCAAAUUGGAAAAGACACAGAAAUACGCGCGGUUGUUUUAUCUGGAUUAGGGAAACACUUUACGGCCGGCCUGGAUUUGCUUGAUUAUGCAUCAGUCUUUAUGGAAAUGAGUGAUAGCAAAAUGGACGCCGCAAGAAAAUCUUGGAAAAUGAAAGAGGCAAUCGCCGAAAUGCAAGAAUCUUUCAAUGUCAUUGAGAAAUGCCCUCAGCCCGUGAUAGCAGCAAUUCACUCUGCCUGCAUCGGCGGUGGCAUUGACAUGAUUGCUGCCUGCGACAUUCGAUUAUGUUCAGCAGAUGCCUGGUUUCAAAUCAAGGAAGUGGACAUCGGUCUAGCUGCUGAUCUUGGUACCCUGCAACGACUACCAAGAGUUGUUGGCAAUGAAAGUUUGUUACGAGAAUUAUGCUACACAGCAAGAAAAAUGAAAUCAGACGAAGCAAAGUCGUUAGGAUUAGUGAGCCAUAUUUUCCCAUCGCAAGAGGACUUAGUUGAAAGCGCUGUUUCCAUGGCAUCACAGAUAGCUGAAAAAAGUCCUGUGGCUGUUGCUGGUACCAAAGAGAAUUUGAUCUAUGCAAGAGAUCAUAGUGUAGAAGACGGCCUUAAACAUGUUAUGACAUGGAACAUGGGCAUGUUGCAAACAGAGGAUACAAUGAAGGCAGCUCAAGCCUCAAUGAGCAAAUCGAAGGCAAAAUUCUCAAAAUUAUGACCAAAGAGAAAAAGUCUUGGCAGAUAAUCAAAUUCAUUCAGUUGACUCUACAGAAUGUAAAGAAUGUAUGUACAAGUUGAUAAAAAAUUCCUAACCUUCCUACAAAAUGUUAAAUUCAAUAUUUUUAAGCCUGCUCUUAACAUAAGAUACAAUCCAAUUC